AUGAAUAAACAACUUCCAUUUUCUACUACCCCCACUCUGCUAGGAUCAUCCCUACUGUGUCAUUCUCUGAGGACAACAAGUUUUUCACGAGGAAAGUCUGAACACACCAAACAAUCCCUGAAGAAGCCAAAGUUACCUGAAGGUCGUUUUGAUGCACCUGAGGAUUCUCAUUUAGAGAAAGAACCCUUAGAAAAAUUUCCAGAUGGUGUUAAUCCUGUUACCAAAGAAAAGGGUGGACCCAGAGGCCCAGAACCUACGCGAUAUGGCGAUUGGGAAAGAAAAGGACGCUGUAUUGACUUUUAAGUCACACGCUUUAACCUCAGCAUCUGUUUCUGAAUACAUCUAUCUGAAUUAACUUAUUUCUGAUUA